UCAAAGGCACACACAAUCCUGUCUGCACCAUGGGGCUUAGAUGUCCAUGUCCUAUUGCGUUAUUAUUCCUGUUCGCUUGUACCUACGCUCAGCCACCAUGCAUCCUGAUUACACCCAGUGUUCUACGUUUAGAGAAUGAGGAGACCAUCGUGGUGGAUGGACAAGGUACAGCUUUUGAUGGUAAUAUUUUGAUUCAGGAUUUUCCCAAGAAUAGAUUGACUCUUAGCCAGUCCAGGAUUUCGGUGAAUGGAGGAAAUGGAUUUAUAGGAACAACCAAAAUAAAGAUUCAUGCAAAAGAUUUUGAGAUUGACCCAAAAAAUAAACAAUUUGUCAGCGUCAAAGUCGUUUCUCCAGAUUGUCCUCUGGAAAAGGUGGUACUUGUCUCAUUUCACAGUGGAUAUAUCUUCAUACAGACGGAUAAGCCCAUCUACACUCCAAAAUCUACAGUUCUUUAUCGGAUUUUCACCAUGACCAACAAGCUUCAGGCUGUCGGCAAAAAUGUGAUCAUCGAAUUUGUGGAUCCAAGGAAUAUUAUUCGGAGAAGAGAGUUACGUAUGACGCCCCCAUCUGGUUUAAUAUCUCUGUCCCAUACUAUUCCGGAACUCGUGAGUUAUGGAGUGUGGACCAUUUCAGCAAAGUAUGAGGAUACCCCUGAGCUGAAUUACACUGCAAACUAUGAGGUGAAAGAAUAUGUGCUUCCCAGUUUUGAGAUCAAGAUUAUACCUAAUCAGAACUUUUUUUACGUUGAUGAUAAAGAAUUUACUAUUGACAUUCAGGCUCGAUACCUGUAUGGCAAGACUGUGAAUGGACAUGCAUUUGUGUUUUUUUCAGUGAAGGAUGAAAAGAAUAAGAGAGGACUCCCUGAUUCCUUGAGGAGAAUUGCGAUUGAUGAUGGGAAUGGAAAAGUCUCUCUGAGUAGAGAUGACAUCAGAAAAAGCUUCCCCAACAUAGAGGAAUUGGAGGGACACAGCAUACACGUAACAGUCACUGUCAUCACAGACACAGGCAGUGACUUGGUAGAAGCCGAACUGGAGGAUAUUUUCAUUGUGAAAUCUCCAUAUAAAAUUCUCUUUACCAAAACGUCCAAAUUUUUUAAACCAGGGAUGCCGUUUCACCUCACGGUGUUUGUCACAAACCCAGAUGGUUCUCCAGCAAACAGAGUCCCUGUUUUGGCUGAACCUGGAAACGUUCCAGGAAAUACUCAAGAAGAUGGCACCACAAGGCUUACAUUGAACACACAAGGCAACAUAAAAACUCUGGACAUAAAAGUAAAAACGGCACACACCAAAUUGCCAGAAUCUCGCCAGGCCUCUGCAUCAAUGACAGCCACGGCCUACAGCCCAUUGGCUGGUAAUUACCUGCAUAUCAGCAUCGCUACUUCGGAACUAAAACUGGGGGGAAACGCUAAUGUGGAUUUUGUUAUUCGGAACAUUAAAACUGACAUUGCAAACCAAAUUAAUCAGUUCACCUACCUGAUUCUAAACAAAGGACAGAUCAUGAAAGUGGGCACACAGUUACGUCAGCCAGGUCAGAAUCUGGUCACCAUGUUACUACCGAUCACGGAAGAUUUUAUCCCAUCAUUCCGUAUCGUGGCAUAUUACACAGUCGUCACUGGGGCAACACGUGAGAUUGUUUCAGACUCUGUCUGGGUGGACGUGGUUGACUCCUGCAUGGGAACGCUGGAGGUGACACGUGAAAAGAAAAAUACAGAUAUAAUAAGACCUUCUAAAGAAGUGACUCUAACAGUUAAGGCCGACCACAAAGCCACUGUGGGACUUGUUGCUGUGGACAAAGGUGUAUUUGUGCUGAACAGCAAAUUUAAAAUCACACAGAAAAAGGUCUGGGACUCUGUUGAGAAGUCGGACAUCGGGUGCACUCCAGGAGGUGGUGCGAACAAUGAGGGGGUGUUUUAUGAUGCAGGAUUAGCCUUACAUACAACAUUCCAAACAUCAACCAGACAGAGAUCAGAACAAUUUUGUGAGAUCAAAGCAAAUCGCAAACGUCGGUCAUCCGUGGCAUAUAUUGAAUAUAAAGCUACCAAAGCCUCCUCAUAUAAUGGUCUGUUGAAGAAGUGCUGCCAAGAUGGGAUGCAGGAAAAUCUGAUGGGUCACAGCUGUGAGCACCGUUCACGCUAUAUCCAAGAAGGGAAAGAGUGUGUGGAUGCCUUUCUAGACUGCUGCAAUGAUGUAGAAAAGAAAAAGGAAUUGGACCGAAAACUGAAAGUAGAAAGCUCGUUGGAGAGAAGUGAUGAGGAUGAGAAUUUCUUAGACUAUGCUGAUGUUACAGUGAGGACUCAGUUCCCAGAGAGCUGGCUAUGGACUGUAAGACAAAUGACAGCAAAAGCAGAUUUCAAUGGAAUUUCCACAGAGGAAGUCAAGGUAACCGUGAAAGACUCAAUUACAACAUGGGAGGUGCUGGCAGUGAGUCUGUCUGAAAAUAAAGGUAUAUGUGUAUCGAAACCCCAUGAUUUGAUAGUUUUCCAGGAUUUUUUUAUUGACCUGAAGUUGCCAUAUUCUGUGGUGAGGAAUGAGCAAGUGGAGAUCCGGGCUAUCCUAUAUAAUUAUGGACCAGGCGAAAUUAAGGUGCAAGUGGAAUUCCUAUACCAAGAAAAGUUCUGCAGUCUUUCCAAUGCCAAGAAAAAUUACAGACAAUUAGUAACACUUUUACCUGAGUCCUCACGAGCCGUGCCAUUCAUAAUUGUGCCUCUUGAGUUGGGUGAGCAUGACGUGGAGGUGAGAGCAGCUGGAGCAUUUGGUUUGAACGAUGGUGUCCGGAAGAAACUUAAUGUUGUGCCGGAAGGAUUAAAAGUAACAGAAAACUUAAUAUCCGUCACUCUUGAGCCAGAGAUAAAAGGAAAAGAUGGGAUACAACAAGAAAAAGUUUCGACAAUAAGUGGCAGAAGUUUGGUCCCCAAUACAGAUGUUGAUACCAUCAUAACCCUACAAGGGACACCAAUCAGCCAGAUGGUAGAAGAUGCAAUCAAUGGCUUAAAUCUGAACCACUUGAUCGUAAUGCCACAUGGAUGUGGAGAACAGAACAUGAUGUUUCUGGCUCCUGCACUGAUUGCCAUUCAUUACCUAGAUACCACAAGUCAGUGGGACAGAGUAGGAGUGAAUCGCAGAAGUCAAGCCAUAGAGUUCAUGAAGAAAGGUUAUGAUCAGCAACUUACAUUUCGGAGACAAGAUUAUUCCUAUUCAGCAAAUGCUGAUCGCCGAAGCAGCACAUGGCUAACUGCUUAUGUUGUAAAAGUUUUCGCAAUGCUUCGGUCAUUCAUAUUCGUUGAGAAUGAUGUACUAUGUGGCGCCAUCAAGUGGUUAAUACUGGAGAAACAAAAACCAGAUGGACUAUUUAAGGAGGACUAUCCUGUGUAUCAUCAAGAGAUGACGGGUGCAAUCAGUGGGUCGAAGGAAGUAGACACGACCUUCACUGCCUUUGUUUUGGUUGCAAUGAUGGAUGCCGAACGUGCUUGUGGUGCCACUGUUAAUAACUAUCAGGAUAGCAUCGACAAAGGAAUGAAAUUUGUUUUGGACCAAUAUCCAAAUGUGCAGACACCCUAUACUACAGCAAUUGCCUCGUAUGCACUCGCCAGAGGUGGGAAGUUGAAGGACACAAGGAAAUUGCUCUCCGUAUCCACAGGCAAUAUUCACUGGGAUGAACGAAAUUCCAAGCAAUUGUCAUUGGAGGCUACAGGUUACGCCCUUCUCACCCUCCUUUAUCUGAAACAGUUUGAACUGACAGGCCCCAUCGUACGCUGGAUUGCUGAGCAGAGAUACUAUGGAGAAGUCUUUACAUCAACACAAGCCACAGUUGUAACAUUCGAAGCUUUGGCUCAAUACCAGAUAGAUAUCCCUACUGUUGGUAACCUGCAACUCGAUGUAUCUUUAAACAUCCCCAGCAGAAAACAAGAGGUUACACAUCGUAUCAAUCUACAGAAUGCGUUGGUGGCUCGUACCGAAACGCUUAAAACGCCUGAAGAGUUUGUAGUGACAGCCAAAGGAAAAGGACAAGGCGUUCUGACAGUCCAGUCAAUAUACUAUGAAACUGCCAAAGAGAGGGAGAACAAGUGCGAUAACUUUUUCCUUUCUGUGACUGUGAAAGAAGAAGAUGAUAAUGCACGGAAGCCUGAAAAUGUAAAAAAAUCUGUGUCCAUCACUAUUUGCACCAAAUUUUUGAAGUCUUAUGAUGCCACAAUGUCAAUUAUUGAUGUUUCCAUGAUGACUGGCUUUUUUCCAGAUAUUAAUGACCUUAACAGGUUAAUGAACGGGGUGGACAAAUACAUCUCCAACUUUGAGAUCAACAAGGGAGCUACUGAAAGAGGAACUCUUAUUAUAUACCUGAACAAGGUCUCACACACACAGGAGGAAUGUUUGAGAUUCCGUCUCCAUCAAGGGUUUGAAGUGGGUCUUAUUCAACCUGCAUCUGUCACAGUCUAUGACUAUUACACGCCAGAAAACCGUUGCACUAAAUUUUACCAUGUUGACAAAAAUAGUGCUCUAUACAGCAAGAUCUGCCAGGGUGAAGUCUGUCGCUGUGCUGAAGGUAACUGUUAUAAGCAACAGCAGUUAAAGGGUGUGACUGCAGAAAAGCGUUUGGAAAGUGCCUGUAAUUCAGCUGUGGAUUUUGUGUACAAGGUAAAGCUUGAUGGCAUCGAACCCCGGGAUAACUACAAUAGUUAUAUCAUGACAAUUGUGCGGGUCAUUAAACAAGGGACAGAUGAAAAUGUGCUCCAAAACAAACGGGAUUUUACUAGUCUUGUAAAAUGUAAUAGUGCUUUGAAUUUGAAGAUUGGCCAAGAAUAUAUCAUCUGGGGCAUAGAUAAAGACAUGUUUCGCCUCGGAUCUAGUUACUCCUACAGCAUUGGAAAAGACACUUGGAUCGAGUGGUGGCCAAAUGACCGGGAGUGUCAGUUACGAGUCAAUGCUGAAACCUGUGAACACUUGGAUCUACUUGCGGAAACACUGGAACUUAUUGGCUGCCCUAAAUAACUUUUGAACAAUAUGAUGAAAACCCCUAAGAUGUGUUUCCAUUGCGGAAUCAGUAAAUCAUAUUAGUAUCUCUAUUUCCGGACUGGGAAACUACAUUGUAGGAGUUUUAGAGCUGAAGAGAAAAUAAAACAUCUGAUUUCUCUGA